AUGAGCCGACUACGGGUACUCAAUCGCUUGACCCUCUCUACACCUCGACUUCUCUCCCGAAGCUACUCCCGGUCAUCUGUUCCAGUUCCACCGCGAAACUGGACCCCUACACCAUUUGUGACUGAGACUGUGGGAGGUGGCUGGCACACCUAUGACAUAUUCUCACGUCUCUUAAAGGAACGUAUUGUAUGUCUCAAUGGCGAGGUCGACGAAAGCCUAUCCGCGGCAAUAGUUGCGCAGCUUCUAUUUCUGGAAGCAGAUAAUCCCGAAAAGCCAAUCCAACUAUAUAUCAAUUCCCCCGGAGGGUCGGUGACAGCGGGACUCGCCAUAUACGACACGAUGACUUAUAUUCAAUCCCCAGUUAGUACGAUAUGCGUGGGCCAAGCGGCAUCUAUGGGAUCUCUUCUACUCUGUGGCGGCGAGGCUGGGAAGAGAUACUGCCUUCCACAUUCUUCAGUUAUGAUUCACCAGCCGUCUGGAGGAUAUUUUGGCCAAGCGACAGAUAUCGCGAUCCACGCGAAGGAGAUUCUUCGAGUACGCCACCAGUUAAAUAAGAUAUACAAACGCCACUUGACAGGGAAACCGAUGACUUUAGAUGAGAUCGAGAAGCUGAUGGAGAGGGAUUACUUCAUGGGCGCGAAGGAAGCUCUUGAAAUGGGUAUCGUGGAUGCUAUACUGGACCGUCGAGUACCUCCAAAAGAGGAGGUUACCAUACCCUAG